AUGAGAGAUGGGAAUGAUAUAUCCGAUACUAUUGUUGAUAAUAUUAUCUACAUUGGUAUAAAUGCCAUACUAGUUUGUGGGAUUAUUGCAUUUUUGUCAUGUGGAUUUGCAAUAAUAACAAUAUUGUGUAAUAUAAUGGCGGGAGUUCUUGUUACUAUUAGUCAACGCCUAACAAAAUGGAUUCGAAGAAAUAAGACUUAUCCUUCUAUUUGUGAACCAAAAAAUAUUACCGUUUUAUCUCCAACAAGUGGAGAAGUUCCUCGAGAUGAUCCUAAAUCUUCAUUUAAUAGAACUCCUUUAAAUUUAGAAUCAAUUCGUUUUGAUUCAUCCUCGGAUAUGGAAUACUUUUCUCUGGAUGGUGAUGGAUUUGAUGAGAACGAAACUCUAAAUGUCUUACCUUGUGAAUAUAAAAGUAUAAAUUUUUUCAAUGGUGUCAAAUGUCAUUCUACACCUAAUGGAACUAACCAAUAUAAUGAUUCAACACUACCUUUUACCUAUGCCAAAAAACCUGCAUAUAUUUUAUAA